AUGUCGCCACCGCCGACGCCCAAAGCCUUGCCCACGCCAUCCCCCUCAACCACACCGAUCCCGCCCACCACUGCACACAAUUUCCCGCCCGUGCAAUCCGGCGGCUCGCUCCUAGUCGCGUAUCAAGUGCGGUCCAAGCCGGUCCUCGUAAUCGGCGGCGGCGCCGUCGCCGCCGGGCGCAUCCUCAGCCUUCUCAACGCCGACGCGCACGUGCACCUGGUGUGCCCCCUCUCGGGCUGCAACGCUGAGGUGCUCCACCGGAUCCGCACGUGCCCUUCCAGCUCGUUGACACACCACGACAGCGAGUACGCCCCGUCGUUCAUCCACAGCCUCUCGCCGACACUCGUCCUGACGGCCAUCGACGACCCCCGGGUAUCAAGCGAGAUCUACACGCUGUGCCACUCGCUGCGCAUACCAGUGAACGUCGCCGACGUCCCGCCGGAGUGCGACUUCUAUUUCGGCAGCGUGCACCGUGACGGGCCCUUGCAGGUCAUGGUGUCGACCAACGGCAACGGGCCGAAGCUGGCGAAUAUCGUGCGCCGGCAGAUCGCGAAGGAGCUGCCCGACAACCUCGGCGAGGCGAUUACGCGCGUCGGCGUGCUCAGGAAGCGGCUAAGGAAGAUUGCGACGAGCCAGGAGGAGGGCCCGAAAAGGAUGGAGUGGAUGUCGAGGGUCUGCGAGGAGUGGUCGCUCGCGGACCUGUGUCAGAUGGCGGAACCGGAGAUGGAGGCGCUGCUGGAUGGGUUCAGGGAGGGACGGGUGCCGACGCUGAGGGAGAUCCGGGGGACGCCUGAGGAGGAGGAGGAGGAGGAGGAGGAGGAGGAGGCGUUUGAUGGGAGUUUUGGAUGGUUUUGA